AUCGCGCGUAUCCGUAAACUUGUACCCGCUGCAUAGGAGUGAGGGAAUUUGAAAGAUCUGUGGUUAUCACGCUACGUUAUUGUCGAAAAUGCCGCGAACGAAGUAUGCACGAAAUAAAACUAAAGCGGGAAGCGAUUCUACGAAAGAUUACGAUAUUCUCGUACAGACCUUCGAUAGACACGUGCAGUUACGUAUCGCCAAAUUGGAGCGCGAUGCACAAUCGGACAUCAAGAGCUUCGAAGCCUUCGUGGACGUUACAAGUUCUCGUCUACCAACAGCGAUAAGUCAGAUGACAUUGGGCGAGAUACUCGGUUACAAGAAUCACAAUGAUAAGCAAGAGAGCCACAACGACGAGGUGAGCUCGUCGGUUAAGGAUACACAACCAUCCAUAGUAGCUAAAUCUAAACUAAAGACAGGAUAUAAAACUGCCAAACGUACCACCACUGCCACCGAUGACGGAUACGGGACCGAGAGAGGUACCAGUGUGGAUAGCACAUCUCGGGCUACUAAAAUGGAAGCUCAGAAGCUAGAAGUACAGACAACAACGAGAAGGACACGUAGUUCUAGCAGAGCGAGCAGGACUCAACUCAGCGAGAUCACUCAGAAGAUGACGACAACUAAAUCCAGAGGCAAGAAGAUGGAUAUCUUUAAGACACCAGCACCGCUAAAUCCCUUGAAUAACAUGUACGAUGUGGUUACGCCAAAAAUCAAGCCUAACACACCAUUGAAUGUAUUGAGACGUCCACGUCAAGGAGAAAUGGUUCUCAGCAUGCAGGGCAGUCCAUUACUAGUUUCUGCUAUUGUCGAGGAAAAAACUGCUAAUAUUAAUGUACCUUUGGGUGAUGGCAAUGUAAUGUCCUUGUUGCCUCAAGCGGGAUUGCGUAUGUCGCAUAUUCCUCCAUUGGAUCCUGAAACGAUGCAACAGUUGGAGACUCUCAAGAACCAUAUUGAGAAAGUUAUCGCAUUGAAGUAACAGUAUAUAUGUCAACAGGUGUAACGUUUCCUGACUGGGUAGAAAUAAUUCUUUUCAUUAUAGAAAAGAUUUAUUUAAAUUUGAAAUAUUAAGACACCAGUGAUGCUAAAGAUCUCGAACAGUAUAUGACAUUGUUAUAUCGAAGAUCAAGCCUAAUAAAUCAAGUCUGUUGAAUCUAUUGAAAUAUCUUAAUAAGAAGGAAUGGUCCUCAGUAUGUGGGUCGUAGUUUACAAUCGGCCUCUGUUGUUAGAAAAAAAUUGUAUUACUUUUGUAUAACGGCAAUGUGAUGUUUGUUGCAACAAGAAGAAUUGUGCGUAUUUCUCCAUUGGAUCUGGAAACAAUGCAACAAUUGGAAACUAAGAAUCGCAUUGAAAAAGUUAUCAUAUUAAAGUAGCUAUAAUUGUCAGAAAAUAAGUUAUUGCGUAGUGUAAUAUAACAAGUAUUUCCUAAGAAAUAUUUUCAUACUUUUUUAUAUUCACUUGUAUAAAAAGAAAAGUGUAUCUAUAAAAGUAAUGAAUCUCUC